UUUUGUUCAACCAUUCAACAUGGCGGCUCUUCGGCUAUGUGCAGUUUCACGACGAAUAAUUUCUUCCCCUGUUUUACAACUCAGGGCAAUGUCUGCUGGAGAAAAAGGAGGUGGCGUAGGAAAGGGUGGUGGAGCUGGAGGAGACAUUAGGAGUGCUGGCGGUUCAUUUGGAAAGAUGGAGCAUGUCCAUGAGGAACAAUACUUCAGAAAGCUGGAACAAGAAAAACUGAAGGAAGUGAAGAAACAUCUGGAGGAACAAGUGGAGCACCAUGAAAAGGAGAUUGAGCACCAAGAAGAAGCCAUUCGUCGUCAUCGCGAAGCAGUUGAAAAACAUAAGAAGGGAAUUGAGAAGUACGAUUCAGACUCUGACUGAGAAACAAUGUCUUCUUCAUAGUUUUGAUUUGUUUUUUUCUAUUCAAUCAUGCCAUGACACAUAAUCUGGAAAUGGCAUCUUGCCAGCAGAUAGUGGUUUUCUCCAAUAUUGCUAACGUUGUGAAUCUUGUACCCUUGCUUGGUGAGUGUUUGAAAUAAAAGAACAAUUCUGCA